AUGGAAGGAUUUGGCUCGCCGCAAGCCCCAGCGGCGUAUCGUGAAGUUGCAUGGAUUGCGGACAUUUUCGUCAUCGGAAUGGGGAUCGGCUGGGUUAUUAACUAUGUCGGCAUGGUCUACGGAUCGCUUAAGGCUCGUACAUAUGGGAUGGCUAUCAUGCCCCUCUGUUGCAAUAUUGCGUGGGAAAUUGUAUAUGGCCUUAUCUACCCAUCUACGACUCUGGCUGAGCAAGGGGUCUUUCUAUGUGGUCUUGCCAUCAACUUGAGCGUCAUAUACACCGCAAUCAAAUUUGGACCGGAGGAAUGGACCCAUGCGCCGUUGGUGCAGCACAACCUGCCACUUAUUUUUAUGCUGGGUAUAAUCGGAUUUCUCACAGGCCACCUCGCUCUAGCAGCGGAGAUUGGUCCUGCCCUGGCCUAUAACUGGGGCGCUGCAUUCUGUCAGCUGCUUCUCAGUAUUGGCGGACUCUGCCAGUUGAUCACUCGUGGAAACAGCCGAGGAGCCUCGUACACACUCUGGCUUUCCCGGUUCUUGGGCUCUUUCUCCGUGGUGAUCUCUGCCUGGCUGCGCUAUAAAUACUGGCCACAGGCCUUUUCAUGGCUGGGAAGACCAUUGUUAAUGUGGUGCUUUUUCGUCUGGCUCGUUGUCGACGGUUCUUAUGGGAGUGCGUUGGCUUAUUGCACGGAGCUGGUAGAGUACCAGGUAACUUAUCCGUUGGCCGCUCCUGCUUGGGCGUAUUUGCUGGGCGCUCUCGUUAUUCAGCAGAUCGCCACCAGAUGGUACAGAUAUUAUAAAUCAUGGGUCGACGUCCCGGUAGUUGGAGGGCAUGGGGUUGUUGGAUCUUGGAUCGCGGCAUUCCGGUGGACAGCGCGAGCGCGAUCAUUAGUUGAUGAGGGCUAUCAGAAGCACGGUGACUUUGCCUUCCAGGUAUCAACUCCAGCUCGAUGGGAAGUCUUUAUCUGCAAUGAGGCAAUGGUGCGCGAGUAUCGGAACUUUACCGACGAACGCUUCUCGGCGAAUGCAUUGUUCGAAGCGAAGUAUACUGUUCCGGGCGCGGCAGAAGGCGUGCACAAAGUACCUGUUCCUGCAGUGGCAAAGGCCCUGACCUGGCAGCGCACUCGCGCCGCAACCAAAGGCGACCCAUACUUUGAGGAGUUUGUCAAAGAACUAGAGCACGCCUUUGAGGUGGAGACCAUGUUUGGCGGUGAUGAUUGGAACGACCUUUGCUGUUUCGCUACUGGGACCAGGAUCGUGGCCCAUCUAACCGCCAAAUCCCUCGUAGGGUACCCUUUGUCUCGGGAUAAGGAACUCAUUGAUCUAUUCGCCGAGUACGGCAAUGCGGUGCCCAGCAGUGGGUUCUUUAUUGCGAUGUUUCCAGAGAUUUUCAAACCCUUCGCUGCACAUUUGUGCAGCGCCCCGAAGAUAUCAGCGCGCCUAGACAGUAUUGUGAUGGACGAGUUGAAAAAGAGGAAAGAAAAUCCCCGGAGCGAGCCACAGGAUAUCACGGAUUGGCUUUCGUCCUGGAGUCGUACCUACCCUGGGACGUACACUGACCAAGACAUUGCUCGGUCGGUAACAUCAGCCGUGUUUGGUGCCAUCCAUACUACUACACAGGUGUUGGUCCAUUGUCUGAUGGACCUGGCCAUACGGCCUGAAUACGUACAGCCACUACGCGAGGAAGUGGAGACAGUCUUCAAUAGGGGUAACCAUAGCUGGACUAAAGAAGGACUUGAAUCUAUGGAGAAGCUGGACAGCUUUGUCAAGGAAUGUCAGCGUUUUAAUCCCCUGGAUGCUGGUUCUCUUGCACGACGCGCUACCAAAGACUUCACCUUUGGCAAUGGUCUUCGCAUUCCUCAAGGAACGUUCGUGUUCACACCAAACGCACCGGUUCUCUUCGACGAGAAGCAUUAUCCGGAUGCUCGGCAAUUUGACGGCUAUCGAUUCUAUCGGUUGGGUAGGGUUACAGGACGACCACUUGACUACAAAUUCAUUGCUACCAAUACCAACUAUCUCCAAUUUGGAGAUGGGAGACAUACAUGCCCCGGUCGAUUCAUGGCGGCAGAUGAGAUCCGUCUCCUGCUAGCGCAUAUUCUUAUGAACUACGACAUCAGACCGAAAGAUCACGGCCAACGCCCGCCCAAUUGGACCUUUAAGAAGAUUUUGUUCCCGGACAUGAAAGGAAUGGUGCAGUUGAAACGGCGAUCGGUUACGGCGGCCAACGCUAGCUAG